ACUCGCUCUGUGAUUGAUGAAGGUUAAGAGGCGGAUUUUGCUUGAGAGCAAACACAGGAGCCUCCUCGUCCGAAUCGAUCUGGAAACACUGGCCCAGGACAAGAAGGCAGCUGGAUAAAAGGAUGAUGCACUUUGACGCCACGUCCCUGAAGGAUGUGGAUAUAAUGGAGGCCUAAAUGUGCACCAACAACACUUUGGUUUGCGAGACAUGACACAGAACUAUCCAUGCUCUUUAACAUAAGGACCUGAUGAAAAGUUUGAGCAGCGUAAAAACCCCCCAAAAACCUUUCAUGGAGUCCUGGUAGAGGCAACAAGAUGAACACGUUACCAUCGAUGGACCGGCAUAUCCAGCAGACCAACGACAGGCUGCAGUGCAUCAAACAGCACUUACAGAACCCGGCCAACUUCCACUCGGCUGCCACGGAGCUGCUCGACUGGUGUGGAGAUCCCCGGGCCUUCCAGCGACCUUUCGAGCAAAGUCUCAUGGGAUGUCUGACGGUGGUGAGCCGCGUUGCAGCUCAGCAGGGGUUCGACUUGGACCUGGGCUACAGGUUGCUCGCUGUGUGUGCCGCCAACCGGGACAAAUUCACUCCCAAGUCUGCAGAAACCAGCACCUGCAGGAGAUGUCAGAGUGACUCAGCUCUGCUGUCGUCGUGGUGCGAGGAGCUCGGCCGUCUCCUCCUGCUGCGUCACCAGAAGAACAGGCAGAACGAACCGCAGGGAAAAGUCCCCAUGCAGCCCAGCAUGAACAGCAUGAAGCCUGGUCUCACACACAGCGAUGGAUCCUUUCCUUAUGACUCUGUCCCCUGGCAACAAAACACCAACCAGCCCCCAGGAGGGUCACUAUCCGUGGUUACAACAGUGUGGGGUGUGACCAACACGUCACAGAGUCAGGUGCUGUGUAACCCUAUGGCCAACAGCAACAACCACAUGAACCCCGGGGGGAACCACAUGGGAUCGGGCAUGUCUGCCAGCGCAGCGGGGCUCAGUUCGCCGCAGUUCAGCGCCCAGCAGCAGCAGUUCCCAAACAAAGGAGGCUCUGGGCAGCCGUACAUGCAGCAGGGCAUGUACGGCAGGCCCGGCUACCCCGGCGGUCCUGGGGGAUACAGCGGAAGUUACUCUGGUGGUCCAAACGCCCCUCAUGGAGGUAUGGGGAUGAGCGGCCACACGCGCCCGCCUGGUGACUUCACUCCCCCGGCUGCUGCUGCUGCGGCUGCGGCCGUUGCCGCUGCUGCUGCCACAGCCACGGCCACGGCGACCGCCACAGUGGCGGCUCUGCAGGAAACACAGAAUAAAGACAUGAACCAGUACGGUCAGAUGUGCCCGUCGUUCCAAAUGGGCCCCGCACCGUCCUACAACAGCCAGUUCAUGAACCAGCCGGGUCCACGGGGACCCCCUGGUGGUAUGAAUCCAGCCGCCAUGGGCUCAGCCAUGAACAACCCCAACAUGAGCGGUCCUCCGAUGGGCAUGAACCAAGCUCGAACCCCAGGCAUCGGACCCUUUGGAGGUCCCAGCCAGAGGAUGCCUCAGCAAGGGUAUCCUGGGGGCCCGCGACAGGGCAUUCCCAUGCAGGGGAUGAAGAGGCCGUAUCCUGGGGAGGGGGGCUAUGGGGGUCAGCAGUUCGGGCCAAACAGCCAGUUCCAGCCGCAGCAGGGACAGUACCCGUCAUCUAACCCGUCUCGGCCGCUGCCUUCGCCUAACUACCCCAGCCAGAGGAUGCCUGUGCAGCAGGGCCAGGGACAGUACCCCCCUGGUAUGCCCAUGGGCCAGUACUACAAGCAAGAGCCCUUCAAUGGUCAGAGCAGCGGCUUCACAGGAGGUGGAUACUCCUAUAACCAAGGCAGCGGGCCCCCCAGGCCGGGUAACUACCCCCACUCUCCGGUCCCUGGAAACCCGACUCCUCCCAUGACCCCAGGAAGCAGUAUUCCCCCUUACCUGUCGCCAAACCAGGACGUGAAGCCCCCGUUUCCACCUGACAUGAAACCAAAUAUGACAGCACUUCCGCCCCCUCCGGGCAACCCGAAUGAGGAGCUGCGGCUGACGUUCCCGGUCAGGGACGGGGUGGUGCUGGAGCCGUUCCGCCUGGAGCACAACCUGGCGGUCAGUAACCACGUCUUCCAUCUGCGACCCUCCGUCCACCAGACGCUCAUGUGGAGGUCCGACCUUGAACUCCAGUUUAAGUGCUACCACCACGAGGACAGGCAGAUGAACACCAACUGGCCGGCCUCGGUUCAGGUCAGCGUCAACGCCACGCCGCUCACCAUCGAGCGGGGCGACAACAAAACCUCCCACAAGCCGCUGCACCUAAAGCACGUUUGCCAGCCGGGGAGGAACACCAUCCAGAUCACCGUCACCGCCUGCUGCUGCUCCCACCUGUUUGUGCUGCAGCUGGUCCAUCGGCCCUCUGUGCGCUCCGUCCUCCAGGGGCUCCUGAAGAAGAGGCUCCUUCCUGCCGAGCACUGCAUCACCAAGAUUAAGAGGAACUUCAGCAGCGUAGCAGCGUCGGCGGGCAACACCACUCUCAACGGAGAGGACGGCGUGGAGCAGACGGCCAUCAAAGUGUCGCUGAAAUGUCCCAUUACCUUUCGACGGAUCCAGCUCCCCGCACGGGGGCACGACUGCAAGCACGUGCAGUGCUUCGAUUUGGAGUCCUACUUGCAGCUCAACUGUGAGAGGGGGACAUGGAGGUGUCCUGUGUGCAAUAAAACAGCAUUACUAGAAGGUCUGGAGGUGGACCAGUAUAUGUGGGGUAUCCUCAACGCCAUCCAAAACUCAGAUUUCGAGGAGGUCACCAUAGACCCCACGUGUAGCUGGAGGCCGGUUCCCAUCAAGUCUGAGGUGCACAUCAAGGAGGAUCCAGAUGGACCGCUGGCGAAGCGCUUUAAGACCAUGAGCCCGAGUCAGAUGACCAUGCCCAACGUUAUGGACAUGAUCGCUCAGCUGGGGCCCGGUCCAGGACACGGUCCAGGGCCCGGGCCAGGACCUGGUCCAAGUUCCUACCCGCCUCACCCUGGACAGCAUCCCAGCGGAAAUGGAGGAGAUUACCCUGGAGCAGGCCACAGCUACCACAGUCAAGGUAGCUUCGACUUCCCCAACGGGAACCCAUCUGGUGGCGGUGGUGGCGUUGGAGGAGGAGGUGGUCCUCCUAUGAAUGAUUUCAUCCAUGGCCCACAGCUCUCCCAUCCUCCUGAUGGACCUGGUGGUCUUCUCCCCCAGGACAAGCCCCUUAGCCACGCCAUGAACGAUGCAAUGUCCCAUUCAGAUCAGUCCCAUAGCUCCAUGCAGCCGAGCAUGCAUGCGUCUCCCCAUGCUGGCAGCCAAUCAGGGCCUCCCUUACAUCACAGCGGCCAGUCAGGGCAGCCCCUGCAUCACAGCGGCCAAUCGUCGCAGCCUCCUCGCCAGCCGCAGCCCCAGCCGCAGCCUCAGCACCCUGGGCAGAACAGUCACCCCCACGGCGAUCUGAGCUUUAACCCCUCCUCAGACGCGCAGCUGGCCCAGGGAGCCCAGGACAUGCCCGAACCCUCCCUGGAUCUGCUUCCGGAGUUGGCCAAUCCGGAAGAGUUACUUUCCUACCUGGACCCUCCCGACCUGCCCGCCAACAGCAACGACGACCUACUCUCCCUUUUCGAGAACAACUAGCCCCGCCCCCCUCGUCCUCUUCCUGCGAACACUUGGAGCCGCUACCUGUCGCCGUGCACGCUGACUCGCUGGAACUGUUUCCUCGUCGACGACGGACCUGUGGCACAGGAGCGCGGCUGUGAAGGAAGCGGGACAUCAACACUCGCCCGCUGCACUCCCCCCCACACCCCCUUUGUACUCGUCUUGUGUAACGAUUCCACACACCAGUUCCACCUCCUCUGGCUCCACCAUUCGUAGCCAUGUUGGUGGGCACUAAAUUGAUAUGAGAUAUUUAUAUAUUCUAUACACAUACAGUAUAUGUGUGUAUAUGAACAUUAUAUAUAUAUAUAUAUAUAUAUAUAUAUAUAUAUAUAUAUAUAUAUAUAUAUAUAUAUAUAUAUAUAAUUUGUAUAUGUGUGACUUUUCAACUGAAAACUGUGCAGCUAUAAUCAUAUAUGUCAACACAGAGGAGACAGGAGCCUUGGGUUGUAGCUUUCUUUUAUUUUUCUUUCUUUUUACAUAAUGUUCCUUUUGAGAAAAGAAGAGUCGGAGGGAUAGCCAUUGUGUUGCGAAAGUCUUUGUUUUUUUUUGAAAUCCCAAAUUAAAUUUGUUCUUCCAAAUCUUCUACACACACGCACACAACCCCAGACUUCCCAGUAUGCGUGCGUGUGUGUGUGUGUGUGUGUGUGUGUGUGUGUGACAGCUGAAUAAACCGUCUGAAUCAGAGCACUGAUGCCCGUGUCUGCCGAGGAAGUGAGCGCAUGUUGUGCAGCGUUGCGUGUUUGUCUGUGUACAGGUGUAUGUCAGGAAGACAGAACGGCAUUAAAAAGUCCGUCCAUUACUGUUAUUUCAUUAGAAAAGGGAAACACAAUUCGGUUUUGGCUUUUAUUAGAUUUAAAACUGUUAUUGCCACCAAUUUCAUUUGCAGCAAAUCAUGAAAUAAGAUUCGAUUGUACAACAUGAUCACAUGUAGCCAUGCUUAUCAAAAUCUAACAGGCGAUUGGUUAAAAGUUACAAUAAUUAAGCUUUAAGUGUAAUUCGAGCUUCUUCUUGAUUCCUGCACCUGUGCUGUUGCUGACCAAAGCAAAACAGCUUCAAGAAACAAGAAAAUAUUACAAAAAUAAAAA